GCUCUGGCCAAACUCGGGUUGGAGUGCCGGAAGGUGAGUCGUCGAGACAUCGCAGCGGUCUUGGCCAAGCGCCAGGACGGUGCCACCACCGUGUCUGCGACCAUGAUUUUUGCCCACCAGGCUGGAAUACCAAUCUUCGUCACUGGUGGAAUCGGUGGAGUUCAUCGUGGGGCGGAUGUCACCUGGGAUGUGUCAGCAGACCUGACAGAGCUCGGGCGAACUGCUGUUUGCGUUGUCUGCGCGGGUGCAAAGAGCAUCCUUGAUCUCCCCAGGACGUUGGAAUUUCUUGAAACGCAGGGCGUCUGCGUUGCUGGGUAUAGGACCAACGACUUCCCGGCUUUCUUCACGCCUCGCAGCGGCCUGCCGACCAGCUGCAGUGUCGAUGGUCCAGAAGAGGCUGCGAGAAUCCUUGCACAACAGCUGCAGGCAAAUCUUGGCUCUGGCAUUGUGCUGGCCGUGCCUGUGCCUGAGAGCCUGGCAGCGGAGGGUGCCAAAGUAGAGGACGCAACCAGGGCUGCCGUGGAAGAAAGUAUGAAGCUUGACAUCCGUGGGAACGAGGUGACACCUUUCCUUCUGAAACGCAUAAACGAGCUCACAGGAGGGGAGUCACUUCGCUCUAACAUCGCUCUGGUUAAGCAUAACGCCGAGGUUGGAGCUGCGGUUGCCCUGGAGCUUGCAAAGCUGCACCGCAUGUCUCGCCUUUAA